CCUUUGUUGAUCUCUUGCGGAAGCGUUCUUCUCGCCCCCGCCCCCGCCCUUCAAGUUUCAGAGUGCUUGUAUUCUCUUGAUUCGAGACUCUCUCUCUCCUCUCUCCUCUUGACUGCCUUCUCCCAAACUUUCUCGCCCGCUCCUAGCACCAACCUUGCUUUCGUACGAAAGUUUCGUACUAGCCUGCUGCAGGGUCAUCGUCCGUGCUUGUGCAGCUUUCUUGCGAGUGAUCGCUUGAAUUUCUUCGUUUCGAACUGAAACACCAAGGUUUUUGCUCAUUGCUACAGAUUUGACUGGCGAAACAAGAGGAUCCUAUCCUUCCGGUCAAAAUACCAUCUAAGCAUGUCACCUAUGAGCCCUGUUGCCAGCGACGAUACAAUCGUCAGGAGUACUUCUCCGCUCAAUGUCACAAAGUCGCCCAUCCACAAGAAAAGAGAUGAGCAUGCAAAAUCUAUGAAUCAGCUCAGAAACAAGCUUCGUAGAUCUCAUGAUCCUACAGUCGUUGAAUUGCCAAACCAGGGCGCUGAGAACGAGAACAUGGAUGAUCUGAAUGUGGAUAACUCCUGGUUCAACGGAGCACAUUCAUCAGAAGAAGAAUGCUCGGAUGAGGAGCACAAUCCUUCACAUGUGGACGAGAACCAUGAAGGAAUGAGCAAUAUGUCAAGUGGAGUGUUCGAUGCGGAUUCUAUGGAUGGCUAUGAACAGGAGCAUGAUCAUGCCGUAGAUGAGGCUGCGGAUGAGAACAACCACGCUGAGGAACAAGAAGAGGAUUACGAAGAUGACCAGGAACAGCAAGUCGCCCCUGAUCAGACCCAGCCCGAGUACCAUGGCCAAGAGAUUAUCGAGGAGGAGGAGGAGGAUGCUUUUGAAGCCGGUCCCGAGGAGCAGGUAGAAGAAGGCUUCAAUAUCGAUGAUGUGGAGAACUACAAUGCAAACAUGAUCGAUGGAGAGGCCGAAGUGGACCAAGAAAGGGAGGAGUACGUGGAUGCCAACUUUCACCCCGAGGUCUCAGUCGAUGAGCUGUGUGAAGACCAGCACGAGGGGGUGUCGUUGGACUGGAUCGAGGACGAAGACCGUGGUGCCCAUGCUGGUUUUGAUCAUCAUGCGACGUCUGUGGGAAACGAGUUUGCCCACGAUAAUCAGGGACAAAUCGAUUGCUUCGACAGCAGCGUUGCAGCUCCUCCGCCGGCUGAUGAUGAUUUGUAGGAUUGUAGAUAGUCCCGCCUGGCAUGUCUCUAUACAAUAAAUUGUGAUAGCUUUG